ACACACCAACUUAUCAUCUGAUCUGGAUACCGAUUUCAAAGAUUUACAAAAUAUUGAAACUUCCAUCGGAGCGGAAAAAUUAAGAACCGAUGCUGAAAUCAAAAAACUCACAGAUGAAAAAUCUCAACUCCAAACCGAUAUCACGGCCAAAGAUGCUCUCCUCAAACAAAAAGACGAACAAAUUGGCUCUAAAAUAACCAAAGAUUUAAUUGACAAACUGGAAGCAGUAAGUAAAUUAGACUUAAAAAAACAGCCUAAAAAAGAUAAAGACGGCAAUGAUUUAAAAGAUAGUCAGGGCAAUAUUAUUUAUGAAGAAAUUGUCGAUUUAUCCCCUUUAAAAACUUUGUUGGAAGAAUUAAAAACCAAAGGAGUAAGUGCGGAUUUAUCAUCCACCAACAGCAAAAUUGACGAAGUAAAAACCAAAGUAGAAGGCAUAAAACCAGGAGGUUCAGAAAAUAAUUAUUGA